AUGAGUGCCAAUUCCAAGAGAAUUAAAUUUGUAUCAAUAUCAUUACCAGUUUUAUACGGUAACCAUGCGUACAAAUUAACACCAGAAAAAAGGAAAUCAAAUACUCCACCAGAUCAUACCCAUGAAUGGACAGUAUUCUUCAAACCAGUAUUAGGUGAUAUUGAUUUAACUCCUUUGAUAAAAAAAGUUACAUUCAAAUUGCACGAAACUUAUGAGAAUCCGAUUAGGUCAAUAGAGCACCCGCCAUAUCAAGUUACUGAAACAGGAUGGGGAGAAUUCGAAAUAAUAAUAAAACUACAUUUCCAUCCAGGUGUAGAUCUAGGGAUAAAUGAAAAAAAUUUCCAAAUAUUUCAUGCCUUGAAGUUACAUCCGUAUAAUCCACAACAUCCCAAGAGGGAAAAUGGGGAGGUUCAUUCAAUUUUAUAUGAUGAAUUAGUAUUUAAUGAACCGACUGAUAAAGUGUUUGAAAUUUUAACUAGAAAGCCAGGAAACUUAAUACCGUAUAAGUUAUCAAAUCCAGAUAAAAGAGAUCAAGAAUAUAUACGACCUGACGAGAAUGAUGAAUUAGGCAGGAUGGAUUUAUAUAUCGAGAAAAUCAAAAAGGAAAUUGAAACUCAAGCUAUAGAAUAUAAAAAAUUAGAGCAAGAGAAACUAGCGCUUGAAAAUACAAAAUAA